UCAGGCUGGGCGCACGACUUCAGACACAGCAGUUGCCGGAAAAUUGCAUUGAACUUCAAAAAAUUGAAACUUCACGAGGGCAUUUGGCAGCCAUUCGAGGGCAGGGGCGUGGUCGAUUUUAUGUUGUAAGGGCACGUGGCAGAUUUUAGGCGGAUUAAAUUUCAAUCAACAACUGCUGGUGAAAAAUUGCAUUGCAAUUCUGCUGUAAUUGCUUUUCUGUGUGGGUCAUCGAAAUAAAUUUAGUUACAAUGAGAAUUUCUUCACUUUGAGGCCAGAAAGUCAAAUUGAUAAAAUUCGAUAUUCAUAAGUCAUUGUUUUAAUUCAUUCCUAGUUUCUUUUUUCCAUUAUUUCCAUUUCCUACUUGAUACAAAUUUUAAGAUCAACUGAUCUUUGCAUUCAAGAGUCUCGACCAAAAUUCAUGUAGAAAUUAAAAAAAGUUUUGUUCACCCCAAAGUAGAGUAUUUUUAGCAGCAUGUUUUUUAAGAGGUGUUGCUUUUGUUUGCCCCUGAACGUAGGUUGCAUGAUCAUUGGCGGGAUCUUCAUAGCUUUCCACUUUGGGGAGCUGAUAACGCAUACGAAUGACACGAUAUUUAUCAGGGAGGUUUCCCACAAAUCCUGGAGUCCCAUCGUCAUGUCUCCGGUUCUGGUUUUUGGAACUAUAAGCUCUAUACUUCUCGUAUAUGCGGCCUCCAAGCAAAAGCGAGGGUUUGUCCUUCUCUGGUUAAUCUUAUAUAUCAUUAUACUCUUCGUGUACUUUAUAUUGGCCGUUAUUCAGUUAGUAACGAAUAAACCUCCUCCAAUCAUAUUGACAGUCCAGAUGGUGAUAAUAGUUGGCCUGGUAUAUUCCCUGAUGGUAGUGCAUGCUUACUACAAAUAUCUUAAUGCUGUGGGUUAUGAGGAUUCAAUUUGACUUACUGCCGCUUGAUCUAGUCAUCAUAUUUUAAUUUGUCGAAGAAGAGAAAUCUUACAGUACUGCAAAUCAGAUUUACUGAUCAUAAUAUAGAAAUUAUUCGUUUAAAA